CACCCCAUCAACUCUCAAGCAUGUCUUCAAGAACCUCUCAGUCUCCAGACUGGCCCGAAGAUCUCUGGACCAACAUCUUCAAGGCAUGGACAGGGUUCACUCCUCUCAACCUCGCAACCAUCGUAGGCGUCUACUACAUCAUCGCCAUCAUCUACGAUCCCCACAGUUGCACCACCACAACUCGCUCCGGUCAAGUGUUUAGAUGUGCAGCUUGGAUCGCACCUUUCGUCCGCCUCCACAAUGUGGCAAAAUGGAUUCUCAAACUCUACCUACGCAUUCCUAAGAUGUUUAGGAUAGUGAUGAAGGAUAUUGGGCUUAAAGGUCUGGUGUGGAUCCCCAAAUAUGGCUUUUGGAUUUUCAGUGCACUGUGGACGCUCCCAUGGGUGGCCAGAUUGCCGCUGCUGUGGUUCACUUGGUUGGUUGGGAUGUUGCCUUCUGGUCUGGUUGCAGCUGUCUUGUUGUACACUGUUUUAAACGGCCAGGAGAGCUUGAAUCCGGACUUCAUUAUUCGGUUUCUGAACAGGAACUAG